GAACUUCACAAACUGUCGUCACAACUAAGAAGGUUGUACGGCUCCAACAGACACAGCCAGCGCCCUCUGCAUGUAUUCUUUGCGAAUUUUUCACAGGAAAGCAGUCUGUACAGAAUUUGCUGUGAAAAGAAUCAAGGAUUCGCAAACUACGUGGUCGAUAUGAAUGCUAAGUCCCCACAGCAACUGUUUCGUCGUGAGGAAUUGAUCUACCUGUCCCCCGACUCCCCGCACGUGCUUACAGACCUGAAUCCCGAAGUCGUGUAUGUGAUUGGUGGAUUAGUGGAUGAAACUGUGAAAAAGAAACUGUCACUACAGGUUGCUGUGCAAAGUGGUCUCCUUACAGCUAGACUUCCCAUCAUCGAGUGGCUGAAGCGUGGAAGCAAGGGGACUUUCUCCACUGUAUUGUCUGUAAACCAGGUAUUUGACAUUCUUCUGAAAUACCAUGAAACUAACGAUUGGACACAGGCUCUUUUAACUGGAAUCCCGCAAAGAAAAGGUUUUACUCCCAAAUCUAACGUCAAGUCAUCAUCAUCAUCAUCUCAAGGUACACCUCCUUUAGACGUAGAACCAACCCAAAAUUCUUCCCCGCCAAAAUUCCAGAUUCUUUUGAAAUAACUCCACUGAUGAUCUCAUAGGAUUGCAUCUGAAGGAAUACAAGAUGGCGGAAUGUCCAAGGACAGUUGAAACCAUAGCCGAAGAUUUAACGAACGACACUUUGUUUGUUGACGUCAACACUUCCAUCUUCAUAGAUUCCAGAACAGUAGAGCUAAAAUCAGACAUU